AUGAUGGGUGUUUUUGUGCUCCUUACUCUUACAACAUGGUGCUGUUCAGCUGUUGCCCUGGGCAGUGAGGCGGAUUGUAGUAAGUACCCCCGGGGUACUGCGGAGGAUGGCAAAGUACUGACAGCCUGCCCACUCAUCCUGGCUGAAGUCUGUGGCACAGAUGGUAUCACUUACCCCAGUGAAUGUGGACUGUGUGCACACAAUUUUGAGCAUGGGACCAACGUUAGCAAAAAGCAUGAUGGAAAAUGCCAACAGAAAAUUGUGCCGCUUGAUUGCAGUCUGUACCCCAGUACUGAAACUGAGGAUGGCCAAGUCCUGACAGGCUGCCCAAGGAUCCUGGCUGAGGUCUGUGGCACAGAUGGCGUCACUUACCCCAAUGAUUGUAUGCUGUGUGCCCAUAACUCUAACGAUGGCAAAGUGCUGGUAGUCUGCCCCAGGAUCCUGCACACAGCAUGUGGCACAGAUGGUGUCACUUAUGCCAGUGAAUGUGAGAUGUGUAGCCACAGCCUAGAACAUGGGACCAACGUCAGCAAAAAGCACGAUGGAAGAUGCAAACGGGAAGUUCUGCUGGUGGAUUGUAGUAAGUACCGCCGGAUAACGACUGAGGAUGGCAAAGUUCUGACAGCCUGCCCAUUAAUCCUGGAGGAGGUCUGCGGCACAGAUGGCAUUACUUACCCCAGUGAAUGUGGGCUGUGUGCCCAUAACUUCAAACAUGGAACCAAUGUUACCAAGAAACACAAUGGGAAAUGCAAACCGGAAACUGAAGCAAGCACCUCCAGACUUGACUCUCACGCAACCAUCACCUCCACCAUGAAGAUAAGUGGUGUCUUUGGGCUGCUCGGUCUGGCGCUUUUCAGCUAUUUUUCCGGUGUUGCCACUGAGGCAGGUCAGCCUCUUUGCAGUCUCUACAAAGUGCUUCCCAAAAGACUAGUUCCUUGUCCCAGGAUGGUUGACCCAGUCUGUGGCAGUGAUGGCAUCACAUACUCCAAUGAGUGUUUGUUCUGCAGAGAAAUCUUUCGUGGCAACAACAUUGUCAAAAAGCAUGAUGGAAGAUGUGUUCAGGUUGACUGCACUGGCUACGUGAAAACACCCACAGGUCAGGAAGCUGCCUGCACCCUGGAGUACAGCCCGAUCUGUGGCACUGACGGCGUUACCUAUGGCAACAAGUGUGCUUUUUGCUCUGCUGUCGCGAAUGGAGCAGACAUUGACCAGAACAAUGAUGAAGAAUGUCCCCAGGUAAAGGCCAGACAUCAGCCUUAUUAA